AUGGCAAAGAACAUCGACUCUUUGAACAACUCGACCGAAUCGGACGUCUGCGGAGAGAAGAUGUGGCAACACCAGCUUGACUAUCUCGCCGUUUACGCUCAACAUCAAGCUACGAAGAAGAAGAAGUCGAAGCUUUCUAUAGGACCUGGAGAAGUUCUACCAAGAAGAUCAUGCCUUCUACAAGGUCAUACUGGCGAUUUCAACGCUAAGGUUGACCCAAGAAGAACGCCGGAGGAACUUCACAUCGGGACCCACGGCCUACAAUGGAAUGACCAGGGAGAGAGGCUCUCGAGUUCAUCAUGA